GACAUCAUGGCUGUUGCACUUAUCUAUUUGCUCUGUGGCGCACUCGCUCUCGCUGCUGGUGAGGACUGUGUGUUUGAGAAGAAAGUCGACUUCCCGAAGAUUUCUCCUCUCAUAAUAAACUCGGCGCUGAAGUUCGUGCUCCCAACCAAUGAAAACGACACGGCAUUAAUCAGGAUACCCAUCGGUACUGCCCUGACCUUAGCGUGCCCUGGGAGUGCUUUUAAGGGACAAAAGAAGAAGACUGUGGCAGCCAAGUGUACCGGAGGAAAUGUGCUUUCAGUCGAUGGAAAAGACAUGAAGCUUUCGGAUCUCGGGUGCCAGAGGAAGCCGAAGUCAGAGAUCGUCAGCCACUUGGACUACUGUGGCGCCGGUGACGUGGGUGUUCUGGCCAGCAUCGGCUUCCAGAUCCGCGAAGAUGAAUUCUAUGAAGUGAUCAGUGUUUGCUACGAUGAGAACAAAGAGACGACGCUGUAUUCGAAGCACACGAUCCACGGAGCAAACAUCGCUGCUAAGGAUAUCGACCCUAAGAGGCCUUCCUUCAAGACUUCCAAAGGGUUCUUCAACAUCUCCAUGAAAACUUGCUACGAGAAGAAGACUCAGCUGAAGUUAAUGCAAGAUCUCCUCCAAGAUAACAGCAUGGCAGAGACCUACAUCUUCCCCAAGAAGCAAUACUACUUCGCCAAAGGACACCUGGCUCCUGACGCCGACUUCGUGACGGAGGCGGAGCAGGACGCGACCUACUACUAUAUCAACGCAGUCCCCCAGUGGCAGGCCUUCAAUAAUGGAAACUGGAAGUACCUCGAGGUGGCAACACGCACGCUGGCCGAGUACUUGGGAACAGACCUGGAGAUCUACACCGGAGCUUGGGGAGUCCUUGAGUUAGACGACGUGAAGGCAAACCCUGUUGAGGUGUUCCUUGGGUUGACCGUGAACGAGCGUGUUGUGCCCGCCCCGGCCGUCAGCUGGAAGGUUAUUUACGACAAGAAAAACUCCCGUGCCGUGGGCGUUGUGGGCGUGAACAACCCCCACAUCACCAGCCCGCCCACUCCGCUGUGUUCGGAUCUGUGCAGUUCUCUCCCUUGGAUCGAGUUCGACGUGAAUGACCUCGGCCACGGCUUCACUUACUGCUGCACCGUCCAAGAGCUACGAAAAUCAAUACCUCACGUCCCCGACCUCGGUGAUGUCUCCCUGCUUGAUGUCAGCCUCGGGAGCAACGGAGGUGGAUGCUAGUGAUAAGGAUGACGCUGUUAUCGUUAUCUUUGUCUCUUUAUUUCUUGGCUGUUGGAAAGAGACCGGAAUAAAUGAGCAAACUGGA